AUGCCAGCCAUCAUCAGGAAAGAGCAUGUUAAACGAAACAGCGUGACGGAGUGCUAUAUUCGCAAUGCACCGACGAAGCGCAGCGGCAUGGAUUCGCCUGCAAUGAUGCUGCGUUUAAAGAUAAGCCUCAGCCCAAAAUUGUUCUUCUUUGCUACACUACGCAUAUCAAUCCAGAGGAAGCGUCAUACGCCCUUGCCUUUCUACCAAGCGCACGCCCUACCGCUUCAACCUCGGCUGCUUGCGGCUUGCGCCCUUGUCUUCGUCGUCGUCGUCAUCCCGUCGCCGUUUCUUGCGAUGAUCGGAGGUGCCGAAGCACUGCUCGAGCUUUUGGCUCCGCACCAGCUGCUGCACGGUAAACGGCGAGCCACUGAUGUCGUGUCCCUCGUCGGCGGUUUCCCAUAG